CCGGGCAUCUCGGGCGGGAGAAAGGGAGGGGGGCCAUGGCGCUGGCCGUGCUGGUUCUCCUGGCCGGGAUGCUGCUGCCGCUGCUGAGCGUGUCCCCGCGCGGGACGGAGGGCGCCCCGCCGCGCAAAGUGGUGACGGCUCGGCUGGCGGCGAAGUGGCCGGCGACCCCGCUGUUGCUGGAGACAAGUGAAUUCAUUGCAGAAGAAAGUAAUGAGCAAUUCUGGCAGUUUUUGGAAACUGUGAAAGAAUUAACAAUAUAUAAAAAAGGAGUCUCAGAACAUUCUUAUUACGACUUAAUCUUGAAGAAAGCUGGGCAGUUCCUAUCAAAUGUACAGAUUAACUUGCUGAAAUUUUCUCUUGCUUUACGAGCGCACUCUCCAACCAUUCAGAUGUUUCAACAGAUUGCAGUUGAUGAGCCUCCUCCGAAAGGCUGCAGUGCAUUUGUGGUUAUCCAUGGGAAGAGCACCUGUAAGGCUAAUGAAAUUAAGAAGCUCCUAACGAAGGCGGCUGCAAGGCCCAAGCCGCAUCUAUUCAAAGGAGAUCAUAAAUUCCCUACGCUCAGUGAAGAUGGCCCAGUAGUCAUCCUUUAUGCUGAAAUGGGUACAAAAGACUUUGCCAUGUUUCACAAAGUUUUGUCUGAAAAAGCACAAAAGGAGGAAAUUGUUUACGUUCUUCGACAUUUUGUCAAGAAACCUAGCUCUGAAAAGAUGUAUUUGUCUGGGUAUGGUGUGGAACUUGCAGUAAAGAGUACAGAAUACAAAGCAGUGGACGACUUUCAGGCUAAAGCUACAAAUAAUAUAACUGAGGAAGAAGACAACAAGGAAAGUGACAUCCAGGGAUUUCUUUUUGACACACUAAAGCAGAAUUACCCGGACCUGAAAGAUAAUCUGACGGAGUUAAGAAAAUACUUGAUUGAAAGUUUGGAUGACACAGAGCCUUUGAAGGUCUGGGAACUACAAGAUAUUAGUCUUCAAGCAGCAUCUCAAAUCCUCUCUGUCCCUGUUCACAAUGCAUUAAAAGUAAUGAGAGACAUUGCACAGAAUUUCCCGAUCAAGGCCAGAUCUCUAACCAGAGUGCUGGCAAACCUGCAAAUGCGGAAAGAAAUAAAGGAAAAUCAAAAGCAUUUACACGAAACCCUUGGAAUUCAGCCUGGUGAAGCACGUUUAUUUCUGAAUGGUCUUCCUAUAGACUUGGAUUUCCAUGAUCCAUUUAGUAUUUUAGAAACUCUGAAGCGUGAAGGUAAAGCAAUGCAUGGACUUCACAUUCUUGGAAUUAAGGGAGAUAUUCUUAGUAAAUUCAUGAGAUUAUCUAUCCAUAAUGCUGACGACACGUACGCAUUAGACUUUCGUCACUCUUCAAUAAUAUGGAUCAACAACAUAGAAAAGGACCAAACCUAUGACAAGUGGCCUACAAGUUUUCAGGAACUUCUUAAACCAGCAUAUAGAGGAAUGCUGCGACAGAUUCGACGCAAUUUGUAUAACUUGGUCCUCUUUAUUGACCCACUUCAAGAAGAAGCACUUGCCUUCAUGAAACUCAUAGAAGUGAUCUACAAUCAAAAAGUACCUAUAAGAAUUGGAUUUGUUUUCAUCUUAAGUACUGAUGAAGAGGUAGAUGGAAAUGAGGAUGCAGGAGUAGCUUUGUGGAGAGCUUUUAACUACGUUGCAGACGAAGUGGACGUCCCUAAAGCUUUCGCCACCAUAACAAAUAUGUACCAUGAGGUAAAAGACGGAGGUAUGCUUUCUGUGGAGCACGUGAAGCGUGUUCUUCGCCGUGAAUUUCCUUUUGCCGACAUGCAAGACAUCCUGGGCAUCCAGUCUGAUUAUGAUGAUAAGAGAACGGCAGGAGCAGCAUUUUAUAAGAAGACUGGCUUGGGUCCAUUGCCUCAAGCUCUCUUUAAUGGUGUGCCCUUUAAUAGAAAAGAGAUGAAUGUCGCAGAGCUCGAGACCUCUCUACAGAAGAUCGUGGAUGCUACGGAGUCCUUCCAGCGGGCAGUGUUCAUGGGUUUGCUGAAUGACCAUACGGAUGCAGUAGACUUCAUCAUUGAUCAGCAAGACAUUGUUUCACAUAUAAAUGAGAAAAUUCUUAGUACUGAAAAAAGAUAUCUGAACUUUAUAUCGUCACCAGUUCCUGUUGAUCUGGAGGAUUACUCAACUUUUUCUUUUCUGGAUUCUCAAGAUAAGACUGUUGUUGUUUCAGAAAAUAUGAACUAUAUCACAAGGAAAGAUGAAGAUAUAAUUUAUGCAGUUACCAUAUGGAUUGUGGCUGAUUUUGACAAGCCAGAUGGAAGGCAAUUGCUUUCUAAUGCAUUGAAACACCUGAAAACAAGUAGCCACGUACAGUUCGGGAUUGUGAAUAAUCCUGCGUCAAAAAUAACUGAAGAAAACACGAUUGUUGCGAGGGCAAUCAUGGCAGCUCUUCUAACACAGGAAAACGCUAGUUUGAGAAGCUUUCUUGAUAGGAUUGUUAAAGAGGAGACAGCAAAGUCCCUUGCAAGAGGAACAAAAAUCAAGAAGUUUUUUGUGCCGGGCAUGGAUGAUGACAGUUUUGAGAAGAAAUACAACACGCUGGGCGUAAAUAUCAUUCGUGCUCACCGGAUGUUUUGUCAGGAGGUUCUCAAACUGCUUCCUGGGCAAAUGGCCGUCGUUAGUAAUGGAAGGGUAAUUGGCCCUUUACUUGAAAAUGAAUUCCACACAAAAGAUUUUGACUUGCUGGAGAAGGUGACGCUAAGCUCUGCGGCAAUGAAGAUUAAAACCCUUGUCAAGGAAAUGGGUCUUGGCAGUAAACGUGGCAGUCAUUUAGUAAUGAAAGUGGAUGCGCUCCUUUCAUCCUUGCCGAAAACGGAGGUCCGCCAAGACGUUGAAUUUUUCAAAGAGCAGCUGAGUGUACUGAAGGUAGAUCCACAGCAAAAUGAACCCUUCCUGGAUGUUGUUGGUAUUGUAGAUCCACUGACGCGAGAAGCACAGAAGCUGUCACACUUACUGAUUGUUCUUGGUCAGGUUGUCAACAUGAGGGUGAAGCUUUUCAUGAACUGUAGGCUCAAGCUGUCAGAAGCCCCUUUGAAUAGUUUUUAUCGUUUUGUUUUGGAGCCAGAACUCAUUUCUGGGACAAAUAACUUCUUUCCUGUUGCACCUGGAGCAAACUUUUUCGAAAUGCCAGAAUCCUCUCUUCUAACUCUAAACAUGAUCACACCAGAAAGUUGGAUUGUUGAAGCAGUGAACAGUUCUUAUGACCUUGAUAACAUUCAUUUAAAAGAGGCAAACGGUGUCGUUGCAGCCGAGUAUGAAUUAGAAUAUUUGUUGCUUGAAGGACACUGUUUUGAUGUGGCUAACAGACAGCCCCCUCAUGGGUUGCAGUUCACUCUGGGAACCAGGAAUAACCCUGUGAAAGUUGAUACCAUUGUGAUGGCUAACCUGGGGUAUUUUCAGUUGAAAGCGAACCCAGGCGCUUGGAUUUUAAGAUUGCGUGAAGGAAGAUCUGAAGAGAUCUAUCAAAUAGUCAAGCAUGAAGGGACUGAAUUUUCUGAAGCUCUAGAAGAAGUUAUUGUGGUGUUAAAUAGUUUCAGAAGCAAAAUCAUCAAAGUCCAAGUACAGAAAAAAACAGAUAAAAUUAAUGAAGAUCUCUUAAGUGAUGGGGUGACGGAAGAAGAGGAAGAUUUCUUUGAAAGUUCUACAGGACAAGCUCGACUGGAAGAAAAGGAGAAGAAAAUGGAUACUUUAAAUAUUUUUUCUGUUGCUUCUGGCCAUUUGUAUGAACGCUUUUUAAGAAUUAUGAUGCUUUCAGUUCUGCGUCACACCAAGACACCAGUUAAAUUUUGGUUUCUGAAAAACUAUCUGUCUCCUACAUUUAAAGAGGUUAUCCCUUACAUGGCAAAAGAAUAUGGAUUCCAGUAUGAGCUUGUACAAUACAAAUGGCCCCAUUGGCUUCAUCAACAGACAGAAAAACAACGGAUCAUCUGGGGUUAUAAAAUUCUCUUCCUGGAUGUUCUUUUCCCAUUGGCUGUGGAUAAAAUAAUAUUUGUCGAUGCUGAUCAGAUUGUUAGAAGUGACCUGAAAGAACUCAGGGAUAUGGACUUGAAAGGAGCACCUUAUGGUUACACUCCAUUCUGUGACAGUCGUAAAGAAAUGGAUGGCUACCGUUUUUGGAAGUCAGGAUAUUGGGCUUCACAUCUUGGAAAAAGGAAAUACCACAUCAGUGCUCUGUACGUUGUGGACCUGAAGAGGUUCAGAAAGAUUGCUGCAGGAGACAGACUCAGAGGUCAAUACCAAGGACUCAGUCAGGAUCCGAACAGUCUGUCCAACCUGGAUCAGGAUCUUCCCAAUAACAUGAUCCAUCAAGUGGCCAUUAAAUCUCUGCCUCAAGAGUGGCUGUGGUGUGAAACAUGGUGUGACGAUGAGUCCAAGCGAAAAGCGAAAACAAUUGAUCUGUGUAACAAUCCAAAAACGAAAGAACCCAAACUAGAAGCUGCUGUCAGGAUAGUUCCUGAAUGGGCCGAGUAUGAUUCUGAAAUACAGAAGCUGAUCAGUCGAAACAGAAAAGAGAAGAAAAAGGUGAUCCAGCCCUCUCAAAAAGAUUCCAAACAUGAUGAACUUUAGUGCUGUUUGGAAUUGGUUGUGAUGGCACAACUACCCUGCGACCCUCCGUGGACCUGUGGGGAUCAGGAAGAAGCAGUGGGUCGAAUUGCUGCCGGCCGUGGAUAUAAAUACUGCAGGGACACUCUAUAUUUUCAAAUUCAUGAAUGUAAUAUUAAAUUAAAUGGAAAAAAAUUACUUUGCCUAUUUUAUUUGCAAAAACAGAAUGGAAAGGAAGCCUAACAAAAAUGAUUAACUUCUACAGUUCCUAGUUCAGUCUGAUGGGCUUUCCUCCCCUUCUGUUGUUUCCAACGGCCAUGCAGAUUCUGGUGCUAUUUUCCCUAAGCAUAAAGUGCUUGCCCGUCCUCACCCAGUGCUGGUUGACAGCCUUCCGCUGUCAAAAGCGUGCGGCUUUGGAUGAGGUCAGAUCAACUGCCUGGCUGUAGCAAACAUUGUGCCUCCUCUGAUAACAUGAAACAACAGAAUUCAAAGACUGAAUUGCUUUUUCUGUCAUGCGUAGCUGUUGUUUUUUUUGUCAUCUAUCCCGGAGCUUCCUCAGGCAACUCUGCUGUACGCUAUUGAUUUAAGAAUCAAUUGAAAAACAAUUGUUCAGUAGAUUAAGUGCUGCGGUAGACGGGCCUCAUAUCUUGGUUCACCUUUUUUCAGUGUCAUUUAUAGUAUGUAUGUAAAAGCAGGGAUUUGAGGGGAGAGGAGCAGGCUUAGCAACUGUGUUUUAACCUGUUCUCAAUUUCAGAAAAUCUACACAUUGCCCUAAAUAAUUGCCCUCGUCGGCAUUUUUUUUUUAAAAUACACCUUAGUUCCUGGUGAUAUAGUAUACUAGGCCUGGUUACGAAGCACUAUAACAUAAAAUAAAGUCUCAUUCCAUGUCAGUCUGUUUCUCUGUAAAGAUAUCUCAGAACCAGCUGUUAAAAUAAAUUGGGAGUGUGUGCGACUACUGUUUUAACUCCUUUUCACUGUGGUGAAAAUUUGCUCAUUGCCUGAUGUCAUCACAAGAUAUUUAUCCUUGACCUGGCAUUGCCUGUAGCAGCCAGUGCUGGAAAGACAAACCAUUUUACACUUUGUUGGGUGAAGAAUUUGAUAUGGGAAUUCCUUUCGUGUGGUGCAUAACACACCACUGCAGGGAAGAGCCAUGCUGGAGUAGCUCCCAUGCCCUGAAGCCAAAAAGGACAAACUACUAUACUGCUUGCCACUAAAUAUUUAUAUUGUUAACUACAAUAUGUACGUGAAAUGCUCAGAGUACAGAAUCCAAACUUGAGAUGUGUGAUAUUUUUGUCACAAAUUUAAUGUAUUUGCUGAUGCAGAACAACUUCCAUUCAAAAGCGAAUUAAAAAUGUAAUUUUCGUAGCACAUUCUUCAA